AUGGAAAUACGAACAUACGUGGAUGACAAUCACACCAAAUAUUUGGAGGCCGUAAAAAAUUACAAUUCCCAUAUAGACGAACUAACAACCUUUUUUGAUACUUUUGAAGAUCCUUCAAUAAAUCAUGUUAACUGGGGUAAACUUAAAUAUAAGGGUUACUUACAAAAAAUAUAUAACCACGAUACGGAAAUACUGCCAUUAUAUUUAGAUGAUCUGAGAGAACAUUUCUGCAAAGAGAAUAAAGAUGCGGAUCAUUCGGUUUAUAAUGGUAUAAUGACGAACACGCAUAGAUAUAUGGAAUUACUAUAUUCAGCUGCUGAUAAAUGCUUAUCUGAUGAAAAUUUUAAAAGAUUUGUAAAAGGUUAUGGAGAAGAGGAUGAAAAUGAGAAAACGAGGAAAUGGAAUUUAAGAAGAAUAAAUAAUGAAGAUCUUAGUGGUUAUUCAACAGAUGAAAGUGAAAAGGAAGCCUUUAAUAAUUUAUUUCGAGAUAUGAUUAAACCAAUUGAACAAAUUAGACAAGAACGAAUGAAAGAAUAUAAGUUACCAGCUUAUUUAAGAGUCAAUUUCGAAAUAAUUUUAAUACCUAGUUCAAGGGAUUUGGUAAGAAAAAUGAGAAUAGUAAAUGCAGAUUGUAUAGGUUCUUUAAGUACAUUUGAAUGCGAAGUAAUAAGAGCAACACAAUUAAAACCACGUAUUAGAGUAGCUACCUAUGAAUGUGAUAGAUGUCAUGUUUUUGCUUAUAAAGCUGUUGAUGGUCCUUUCUUUAUGCCUCUCUUUGAUUGCCCUGGUUGUACAAAUGUACAUGGUAUUAGAGGAUCUUUAAAGUUUCAAGCAAAAUUAAGUAAAUUUGUGAAAUAUCAAGAAAUUAAAGUACAAGAAUUACCAAGUCAAUUACCAGAAGGAGAUAUUCCUCGAAGUAUGAAUUGUAUAAUACAUGGAGAAUGUACAACAUCUGUUCAACCUGGAAUGUCAGUUACCUUAACAGGGGUCCUAAUGCCAGUAACGAAAAGUGGGUUUCAAGCAUUAAAAGGAGGUUUGAUUGCAGAAAAGGUAUUUCAUAUUUAUUAUGUACAGAAUAAUAAAGAAAAUUUUAAUGAACAUAUAGAUAAUUAUGAUAAAAUAAUGGAGGAAGUUCAAAAUUUAAAAAAUAGUCCAAAUUUAUAUGAAAGAUUAGCUUAUAAUAUUGGACCGGAAAUAUAUGGACAUGAUGAUGUGAAAAAAGCAUUAUUAUUACAAUUAAUUGGUGGAUGCACAAAAAAAAAAAAAGAUGGUGGUAUGAUAAGAGGAGAUAUACAUAUAUUACUAAUGGGUGAUCCUGGGGUUGCUAAAAGUCAGUUGAUGAAAAAAGUAUGUUUAAUAGCAUCAAGAUCUAUUUAUACAACUGGAAAAGGAAGUAGUUCCGUAGGUUUGACUGCUGCUGUUUUAAAAGAUCCAAAUACAGGGGAGACAACAUUAGAAGGGGGUGCAUUAGUAUUAGCUGAUAAAGGAAUAUGUUGUAUUGAUGAAUUUGACAAGAUGGAUGAAUUUGAUCGAUCAGCCAUUUACGAAGUUAUGGAACAACAAACAGUGUCAAUUGCUAAAGCUGGACAUUGUAGUAAUAUGCCUGCUCGGUCAUCUGUGUUAGCAGCUGCCAAUCCUAUUAAUGGUAGGUAUGACUGUAAAAAAUCAGUCAUGCUAAAUAUGAAUUUACCUGCAGCUCUUUUAACAAGGUUUGAUUUACAGUUCCUUCUACUUGAUAUAUCUGACAGAGAUAAGGACAAAAAACUAGCUGAGCAUGUGCUAAAUAUUUUAAAAUGUAUAGAUUCUAGUGAUGAUAAAAAGAAAAGAUCAGAAUUAAGUGAGGAUGGGUAUGAAGAAAUUGAUAAAACUGUUUUGAGGGCUUUUAUACAACUAGCCAAAAAAAAACAGCCAACCAUUUCUCCUGAUUUAAUACCCAAAAUUACGCAAUGGUAUGUCUCAACUAGGCAGUUAGAAUCACAGCAGGAAAGAUAUAAUGACACUCGUAUAAAUUAUACAACGCCAAGAGCACUUCUUGCAAUUUUACGUAUAUCACAAGCAUUGGCUAGAUUGAGAGACAGUGAUGUAAUAGAAACAGCUGAUUUUGAAGAAGCCAUCAGACUAACAGAGCAGUCAAAGGCAAGUGUAUCACAACAAACAGAGAAGAGACGAAGAAAGGACUCAUCCACAGAAAUUAUGAAUAUUAUUAAAAGCAUUAAAGACAAAAUUAUGGAGAAGAAAAAAAAAUGGAAUGGCUGGAUACCUAUUGAAGAGAUUGAAACACAGUCAAUAACAAAAGGGUUUACCAAAGCGCACGUUUUUAACACUAUUGAUAAGUAUGUAGAGCUCACUGUAUUUACAAUUAAUGAGAAUAACACUGCCAUUGCCUUUCCUAACGAUGUUUACGAUGCAGAUGAGGAGGAAGAGGAAGUAGGCGAGGAAGACGCCCUUUGA